CUUUUAUUUCUCUGGGUAUAUCCAUAGUUCAGUAAGGUUUACAGGCAUAACCUUUGAAAAAAAUAAUAUAUUUUUUAAAAAGUCCUUUAUUUUGAGAUGACAACUCGGCUGUCCUUAAUAAGGUAAGAGUGGUUUAAAUACUUUAAAUGUUAUUAUGGAUUCUUAUGUUUUGUUGGGUUUUUUUUUUUGUCUUCAGGUUAGGGUUAGGGAUAAUGGAUUCUUAUGGAUGUUUUUUUUGUAUUUUCUUCAGGUUUGUAUCGUGUCUCUGGUAUGUGAAUUGAUAAAACACUAUUAAUAACCAAGACAACACGAAUAACGGUGACAGAGUGAAUAGCUAAGACAACAUGAAUAAUAACUGUGACAGUGUGAAUAACUAAGACAACACGAAUAACUGUGACAGUGUGAAUAACUAAGACAACACGAAUAAUAACUGUGACAGUGUGAAUAACUAAGACAACACGAAUAACUGUGACAGUGUGAAUAACUAAGACAACACGAAUAACUGUGACAGAGUGAAUAACUAAGACAACACGAAUAACUGUGACAGUAUGAAUAACUAAGACAACAUGAAUAAUAACUGUGACAAUGUGAAUAACUAAGACAAUACGAAUAACUGUGACAGUGUGAAUAACUAAGACAACACUAAUAACUGUGACAGAGUGAAUAACUAAGACAACACGAAUAACUGUGACAGUAUGAAUAACUAAGACAACACAAAUAACUGUGACAGUAUGAAUAACUAAGACAACAUGAAUAAUAACUGUGACAGUGUGAAUAACUAAGACAACAUAAAUAACCGUGACACUGUGAAUAACUAAGACAACACAAAUAACUGUGACAGUGUGAAUAGCUAAGACAACAUGAAUAAUAUAUGUGGCAGUGUGAAUAUAUAGCUAAGUCAACGUGAAUAACUUACAGUGUGAAUAGCGAACACAACGUGAAUAACUGUGACAAUGUUAACAACAGAGUCAAUAUGCUUAUUAAUGCUAAUCAAAGUUUUUUGUAAUAUACAUUGUAUAUAUAGACAUAUAAAAGUCACACCUCAGCGACAUCACUAGUUUGCCGUUGCAUUGAUAACGUCACAAAGGAGUGUUGUUAUAGGUUUCACAAAUCGCAGUCAACAGUUUCUUAUUCUUUAAGAAAGUGUCUAAGAGCCAUUUUUUAUGUGAAAUUAAAUUAAUGUGUGUUGGAUAUUUACCCCUUCAGAUUGUAAAACCUUUUGAUUAUAAAUUAUUAUUAUUAUUAUUAUUAUUAUUUACAUUCAUAAAAACACAUAUAUUUUCGUGAUUUAUUAAAAAGUGAUGUGCUUUGAUUUGACUAUAGUGGUAGUUAAAUCACCAUCCACUUGUUUGUGGAUGAAAAUGAUGUGAGGGUUAUUAUCCAUUUAAGAAAGAGUGAAUCUUGAAGUAACAUCGGGAAGAAGAAAAAGUAUAUUUAAGUGAUCACAUUCAGUAAUAUAAACAAUAUGAGAAUGUACGCGAUAUAUUGAUGAUUUAAGAAAUAAGGACACUAACAAUUAUAUACCUUUUUUUCUCAUUAAAAAUUAUAAACAAUUAUUUUAAGAAUGACUUUUUUUCUCCCUCACCACAUAAAGAAUGGCCGCAACUUCAACGAAAUCCUUGUUCAUCGUGGUCUCGAUGUCUCUCGUCACUCACAUGUGCAGCGCCGAAUUUUUCUGCCAUAAAGGUGAAUUCGUUUUCCGAGCUGGCUCGCAAAAUCCCGCCUGCAAACCUUGUCCCACGGGGACCUACAUGGACAAAGACAACCAUCAGAACAUUGGAUGCAAACCUUGCACCGCUGCCGAGUCAUUCCUCCACGAGUACGUCAUCAAGCCGUGUACCACGUCACAGGACACGGUGGUCGGAUGUACACUCGGUUACUACCGAGUCGACGCGGAGUAUGGAGAUUUCAAAGAUGGCGAAUGCUUAUCUUGCAGCACGUGCAGUGGGGCUAAGCCACACGUGGCCAGGAAAUGCGACGAGAAAACUGACACCGUGUGCUGUCCAGAGCAAGGGAUGGUACUCUUUACAGACAGCCAAGGAAGAAUUGGAUGUGACAAAGCUUCUUCGGUAGUGAAGAGAUCUUUGGGUGCCUCAGGCAAACUACAGUAGAACGUCUUCCAAGAAAGAUUAAACGAGACGCGGUACAGCACUCGGAUAGAUGGAACAAUUAACGGCUAACGAUUGAGGAAGAUCAUCUUUGUAUUGAUGAUCUAUGUCUAGUAUGCAAGAAUUCCCCCUGUGUAACAUCAUCAAGCCGACUUAUUGUAUACAGAAC